UCCUACUGCACAAAUAAGUAGAAGAAGAUGUAAAGUGUCGGCAGAAGUUCAUGUUGUAUGAAGAAAUGAACAGUCGCAACUCUGUGUGUUGAUCAAAGAAACAAGCUACUUUUAUAAAGUCGAAUUCUAUCCAAGAUGGCGACCAAAAAGCCCGAUCCUCCCGAGGAACUCUCGGCCGCUAAAUCCUACGCGGAAAUGAAAGCGCAAGCGGAAGCACAAUUGCUAGGGGCAGGUUUGUUCUACUUGACGAGUCAUGAUUUGUGCUGUGCGAGUUGUAUUGCUAGCAGCUGCUGCAGGAGCUCCUGUGAUAGUGAUUGUGUGUCAAAAUUAUAUUCGAUGAAUGAAACGUAUAUGAAAAAUAAAACCAAGACCUCUAAACACACCAGAAUCCCGCACAACUGCCAAUGUUGAGAUGGGCUAUCCUGGGGCGGAAUGUUGGCCCGAUGUGGAUUGGCACGCCGUGAUUGCCGCACAAGCUGGUAUAUUAUCGAAAUGAAAUGGAAUUGGAAAGUAGUGGGUACCGCCGUACAAACUCGACAUUGUAGUUAGUACAACUACGACCCACUACGAGUGUAUCCUGCUUAUUUAAGAUGCUGCAGAGCCGCGUGAUGUUAAUGAAUCAAUUCGUGCUCCCCAAAAAAUGAAAAAAACAAAAAGGUGCAGAGGCGAUGGUCCACCAGAAAGACCCGAAGUCGACGCCUUCAUGGCCCACCGCUGCCGAGAGCUGGCCGUCACCGGGGGACGUCGGCAUGCAAGAGGAGUGGGCGCCAGAGGAACAUCUACAGGCCGGAGCGGCAGACAGUGCGGCUGCUGCGUAUUUAAUAUAUUUAUAUUCCAUGAUUUUGUAUUUGUAAUGACCGCUGUAUAAGAGUAACACCAUGACGAUACGAACACGGUUCUUUGUUUCUGUUUGCGCAUGAAAAAAAAUCACCAUGAAAAUCCCAGUCUUGGCGUCGGCACUGGUUCCGCGGCAAAUGCGGAGUAUUGGAACACGAGUGA